AUGAAUAUAGGAUAUAUUAAGAUUGCUUUGGCACUUUUAAGUGUUGCAGGAUAUAUCCAAAAUAUAGCAUUUGCAACCGAACAUCCUCUAAGCACAAACUCUUUAAAUAAAGAAAGUAGACGACCAUAUGUCAGACUUCGAGAAGAUAAAAAAAUCAUAGAAGAGAAAGAACCUUUACAAGCUAAAAAAAUCAUAGAAAAGAAAGAACCUUUACAAGCUAAAAAAAUCAUAGAAGAGAAAGAACCUUUACAAGCUAAAAAAAUCAUAGAAGAGAAAGAACCUUUACAAGCUAAAAAAACUAUAGAAUAUAAAAUAAUCAUAGAAGGUGCAAAAACUAUAGAAUAUAAAAUAAUCAUAGAAGAUAAAAGAGCUAUAGAAGAUGAAAACACUAUAGAAGAUGAAAAAACUAUAGAAGCUAAAAAACCUAUAGAAGAUAAAAAAACUAUAGAAUAUAAAAAACCUAUAGAAGAUAAAAAAACUAUAGAAGCUAAAAAACCUAUAGAAGAUAAAAAAACUAUAGAAUAUAAAAAACCUAUAGAAGAUAAAAAAACUAUAGAAUAUAAAAAACCUAUAGAAGAUAAAAAACCUAUAGAAGAUAAAAAAGGUGUAGAAGAUAAAAAACCUAUAGAAGAUAAAAAACCUAUAGAAGCUAAAAAACCUAUAGAAGCUAAAAAACCUAUAGAAGCUAAAAAACCUAUAGAAGCUAAAAAAACUAUAGAAUAUAAUAAACUACUUUUACGAUCUAAAAUAUAUAAAGACGAUAGAAAAACUCAACAAGCAGCAGCUGUUAUGGCCGAAGCUUUAGCUUUUGCAAAAAAACAUGCCAAGCAUACAAAUGAUUACAAGCUAUAUUUUAAAAAAGAUGAAGGGGCAAUUUUAUAUUUUAAGAAAGAAAUUAUUAACAUUGGAAAGCUUGAUCUUAUAAUCCCAAACCCUGAUUGUUAUGAUGAUAUAAUAAGCUUGCUAAUGGAUCCAGAUGGCCCAAAGAAAAUAUAUAAUACAUUUAUUGAAGGAACCUUUUCUCGAUUAUACAAUGAAAAUUUACUAAUUGUACGACAACAAUAUCAAAGUGUUGAGGGAGGAUGGCGAAGGCAUUGUUAUGUAAUAAUCAACAAAGUUGAAUUAUCAAAAGACGAAACUGCAAUAAUCAUGGUUUCAACACAUGAGGAUUAUCAUAAUUGGAAAAUGAAAAUGAAACAUUUAAAUCCUAUCAUAAAAAGUGCAAACUCAUUCAAUCCUGAUAUUCCUCAUUACGAGGAUAUGUUUAAAAAUGAACUAUCAAAAAAAAUGUAUGUUAACUUAGCAGCAUUUUUCAUUAAAAAGGGAGAAGAUAACGUUAAAAUUACCUAUGUCAGCUCUAUUGAUCUAAGUUUUCGUUCGAUAACAACAGAACAAACUUUUCUGAAAAUAGCAGCUGAAGAUAUUUUAAAUGUUGUCAAACUCAGGGGAAUUUUUAGAAGUGAUAAACGCACUUCUAAGUGA